AUUGAAUUUACUUUCACUUUACAUGCCUCUGUGCCGAGUUUCGUGUGCGUUAAGGAGCUGCGGCGUCUAUGGGCUCUCCGGACGAGUCUGCGAGGCGAUGGCCAAACAGGAAGUUUACCGUCAAAGCUUUGGGUGUAUAUCCGGUCAGACAGAAACUAUCCGUUAUGUCCAUGGGGAUCUGUUUGGUUGUCCGUCAACGGAUUCUCUUGCUCACUGUAUAAGUGCUGACUGUCGCAUGGGAGCUGGUAUUGCUGUGCAGUUCAAGAAGAGAUUCAAGCGAGUUGAAGAAAUAAAGCAGCAAAAUAAGAAGAAAGGAAAUGUUGCUACUUUAGAAGUUGAUGGACGAUAUAUUUACUAUCUGAUUACUAAAGAUAGAGCAUCAGGGAAGCCAACAUAUGAGGACUUGCAUAGAAGCCUGGAAGCCAUGAAGGAUCAUGCAUUAUGUAAUAGGGUAACUGCAAUAUCCAUGCCUAGAAUUGGCUGCGGUUUAGACCGUCUCCAGUGGAACAACGUCGCUUCUAUUUUAAGCGAAGUCUUCAGAGACACAGGCAUCGUCAUCACUGUCUAUAGCCUGUGAGGAGGUGUCAUAUUGAUUCUAACAUGCGUUUGGCAUUCUUUAUAUAUUUAGUGGGUCUAAAUAUAUGUGCCUCUGUUAUACUUUAUUUCAGAUAAAAUUCUUGAAAUAGGCUGUGUACAAAUUUCUCUUUUUUUUUUUCCUAUGGAAAUAAAAUUUUGCGAGCCUG